AUGAAAUUCAUUGCCUUCACGUUAUUUGAAUAUAUACACCUGUUUAUAUGGAAACUACCCGUUUCUGGCAUUAUGUUAAUUUUUCGAAACAUCAAAGGGUUAUUGCAAGUUAUUUCAUUUUUGAUACGGACUAAUGGUUUUCUGCUCAAGCUCAUUUUAAAAGGAUACUUUUAUGGCUCCAAAGACAUUGACAUACUGCAUCUAAAAGAUCUCAAUUUGAUUAACCUGUUCGCACCAAAAUUAAGCUUGAAUCAGGAAGACCAUGCAAGUGCGUUUGAUCAGAUCCAGCACUUAAUUGCUCCAAAAGAGACCUUGGAUGACCACGGAAAAGGUUGGGGUAUUCCUUUGUUUCCUAAUCUAUUUCAUCGGAAUAGCCAUAGGUUGUUUGGUCUGGAGAGCAACGAUGGCGAGAAAGAAGAUUAA